GAAGCGACCAGGAAGUACGCGCGUCCUUCACUGUACUCCGCUUCAGACCGUGAACUCGUUGCAAAGGUUUGGGGUUCAGUUACAGUAUUGCUUUUUUCGGGCUUCAUGGAGUGACAGAAGCGAACUGCAGUGGUGGUUGGGACAAAUAUAUAAUUGUGGACGUUGCAGUGGUUAUUUCGGUAGCGAUGACUGCUCCAAACUCCGCGGAAAGGAAGGCCUGCUGGGACGCCAGGGACCACUUGUGGAAAUGUCUGGAUGACAAUGGAGACAAAACGGACUCCUGCCAGAAGUUCCAGAGCGAGUUUGAGGCAAACUGCCCAGCUCAGUGGGUGAAGUAUUUCUCCAAGAGGAGAGACUUCCUGAAAUACAAAGAUAAGAUGAAGACGGAAGGAUUCACACCUGCUGAAGGACCCCGGCAACCUUCCUAACUCCUGGACCGCAGACUCAAAAUCUGCAGAAUUUUGGCCUCAUUAAGACCAGGUUUGAGGCGCAGGGCUCGGAGAUGAGUCUCCGGACUUUAUUAUGGACAGAGUACCUGAACUCCACCUGUGUCGUUAUUUAUUUGUAGAGGUAAGAGCUGCAUCCAGGUGUUCAAAACAAAGGAAACCGAAAGGACAAGUGACGGAAAAGAGCCAGUCAGUUGGCUUUCACCUGAAAGUUACAUCGAACGUUGUCACUUUAAUGAUGUUGGAAUACUAAUGAUCAGUGCAGCCCUUACUCGUAGCCAGAGUGGUGGUACCUCUAUGGAGUUUGGACCCAAGACUCGAUCAAUCACAUUUUACCAGUGUGAUUUAUCAAUCAAGGCUGAUCUUUACCGCUUGGCGAUACUCGCCUUUUAAUCCAGGACCCCAUUGGGCAAAAGUCUGACUUGUGUUGUUUGUAAAUAAAUACAAUACAAACAA